CGCGGGCACGCGCGGCGGCGCUCGGGCGUGUGCGAGGCGUGAGGUGGAGAUGGGGGCGGAGGGAGCCGGAGCUGUCACAGGCCCCGCGUCCGCCUGAGCGAGCCAAGUGGGGUGUCAUGGCCGCGGGGGGCAGCGGCUGCACUUCCUCUGCUGGCAGCGGCGGCCGGGGAGUUAGUCCUCGACGCACGGGUCGGUCCCGUUUCCCUCUGUGCGGCGGCCGGCGGGACCACAAGGGCUUAACUCAUAUCUUUAACCCCCCUCCAAAAAGGUUUGAAAGUAUUCUUGAAGGGCUGUUUGGACCUGCAUUAUUAAAAGAUCUCAGUUUAUUUAAAGAGUGUGAACCUGAAAGCAUUUCUGAUUGGGCUUUUGAUGAAAAUUGUCUGUUCUGUUGCUUGAGAAGAGAUAAAGUAAAGGGACACUUAGUCGUUCUGGAUGAGCCAGCUUCCGGAGCUUUGCUUAAACAAGAGCGCGCAAAAGUCACUCGACUCCAGAGACAAGCAGAAGAGUUCCUCAAUGCAGUCUUUUAUAGAAAAGACAGUCCCUGGGUCUCCGACCCCAAUAUUUCCCUAGUGGCCCGUGAGAUCAUGCAGCGAAUGAUCCAACAAUUUGCUGCUGAAUAUACCUCAAAAAAUAGCUCUACUCAGGACCCCAGCCAGCCCAAUAGCACAAAGAACCAAAGCCUGCCGAAAGCAUCUCCAGUCACCACCUCUCCCACGGCUGCAACUACUCAGAACCCUGUGCUCAGCAAACUUCUCAUGGCUGACCAAGAUUCACCUUUGGACCUUACUGUCAGAAAGUCUCAGUCAGAACCUAGCGAACAAGACGGUGUACUUGAUUUAUCUACUAAGAAAAGUCCAUGUGCUAGUAGCACUUCCCUGAGCCAUUCUUCAGGCUGCUCCAGUACUCAAGGGAACGGUGAGGAUUCAGCAGAGGAUGCAGCAUCAGCAGUAGAGUCUAACCAUCCAUCAAAGCCCCCACUGGAGAAGUUUAUGGUCAAACUGUGCACCCACCACCAGAAGCAAUUCAUUCGUGUCCUGAGUGACCUGUACACUGAGUCUCAGCCAGGUACAGGGGACCUGCAGCCUUUGGAUUCUACAGUGAUGGAUGUUUCUACUUGCAAUGAGGCUUGUGCCCAGCUGAGCAGCAGACAGAAUGAGCAGGAUGAUAUGUGUCUCCAUGGGGCGUCUCCUGCUUCUAUAAAUUUGUUCUUAGACUCAUCAGGUUCUCCUAGCUCUCUGAGUGUGACUGAACAAACCAUGAAGGAAUCACCUCCUGAGACAGACUCUGUAGAUGGAAGAGAGAAUGCCUUGACCAUUGUCCAGAAAGAGCCAUCUGAACUUCCAGACCCUGAGCCUAACUCCAGAAGGUCAGCAGACAGUCCCACUAUGGGAUGCCUCACUGGGUUGGAUUCUUCCUCUUUUAACUCCCUCCACAGUUCCAAAAGUUUAGAGGGGCAAACCACUGGACAGGAGCAAGACACUACUCUGAAACCUUGUGAGGAUGGUGAAGACCAUGCCCCAGCCUCAAUCAAAAGUCUUACUGCAGUGGAAGUGGCAGCUGAGGAUACUGAAGAAGGUGGUGGCUGUAUUGUUUCUCAAAGAAACUCAUUCAAAGCUUUAUCAGAAGAGACAUGGGACUCAGGGUUUAUGGGAAACUCAUCUAGUUCUGCAGACAAAGAGAAUGCUUUACAGUGUAGCUCAAAAACACCCUUACACCAGGAUUUAGAGGCAGAUGAACAGGAUGCAAGGCCAAAGCAAGAGAACCAUCUUCAUUCACUAGGUAGAAACAAAGUGGGUUACCAGACGCAACCCAGUGACAAGGGCCAUUUUGAUCAUUCCAAAGGUGAUUGGUUAGCUUCCAGCCCCACACCAGCUGUACACAGAGCAUCCAAUGGUCACUCACGAACCAAGAUGAUGUCAGCCUCCAUCAAGACUGCUCGGAAGAGUAAGAGGGCGUCGGGCUUGAGGAUAAAUGAUUAUGACAACCAGUGUGAUGUUGUUUAUAUCAGUCAACCAAUAACAGAAUGCCACUUUGAAAAUCAAAGGUCCAUAUUGUCUUCUCGGAAAACAGCCCGAAAGAGUACCCGAGGAUACUUUUUUAAUGGUGAUUGUUGUGAACUGCCAACUGUUCGCACGCUGGCCAGAAAUUUACGCUCCCAAGAAAAGGGAAGCUGCUCACCGAUAGCGCCAGAGGCAAUGGUGACUUCCAAGCAGACUCUUACAGUUCCCACCUCAAAGCAUACAGUAGGCAUGCAACUUCCCACAGAAGAUGUGCCGGUUGUGGAAGAUACCUCUGACAAUCCUAAGGAGGAAAGAACCUCCCUUGAGGAAGAAGCUGAAGACGUGUCAUCAGUAAAAGAGCAUCAGGAGCCAGAGGUUUGCCUUACCACAGAUGAACAGAACCCUAGCGGCUCCCCUAGGCCAGGAGAGACCACAGCCUCUAACCCAGCAUGUCUUCUGUCUGCUCCCAUCCCUGAUGAGGAUGUGCCUGAUGUUCCAGAAGGCAGCAUUGUAGCCUCACCUCCCACAGCAAGUGCUCUAUCUCUCCUUGAGCAAGAUCAGUCCCCAGCUUCUCUUCUUGGUGCAGAGGAGAUGCAUACACUCCAGGAGUGCCACCUGGCUCCCACAGCUGGAAGUACCUCCUUCAUCUCUGGGGAAACCAGUGAAGACCUCCUAUGUAGACUUCAGAGUUCUCCUGAAACAGUCAUGAGAGAAGACUGUUCUCCGUGCUCAGAAAAUGGAGGUCCUGCUGUGGGUUUCGAUCCUCCCCUAAGUCUAGAACUGUCUGAGCAUGAUCAAAGCAUCAGUACUGAGGCCGAGGCUGGUGACAUCCCUGGGGACACUCUGUUGCUAGAAGCCACCCUGCCCCUGCUGGACAGCAGCAUUGUCAGUGAUGAGAACCCCAGGGAGACUGAAGCAGGUGAGGCAGCAGGUGGAACAGGACAGCUGGAGAUGCAUGACAGUGAUAGAGAAUACUCUUCAGAAAAUGCUCUGAGUGAGGCAAACUUUGACGCAGCUGAAGAGAAUGUGGACAAGAAGAAAAAGGGGAGAAAACUCCCUGAGGCCUCUGACAGGUGCCUACGAAGUCAGCUUGUAGAUUCAUCCUCUGCUGACAGGUGUCCGGGAAGCCAAGGUGUGGAUUCAUCCACUGCUUGUCCUGAAGGGAAGGCUUCUAAAGACCCUACUUCUGUAAAGCAUUCUAAAAGAGAAGGGCACUCUGGUGGGGCGACACCUGAGGGCUCCGUGAUUGACAGUGUCCAUGCAGAUGAAGUGGGGGACACCGAAACCCCCAUUGUCAAUGAAUGUCCCUCUGAUGAAGAUACUAAGCAGGAGGGUGAAGGAGCUGGGGUUAUCACAAGGCAGACUCUUAAAUGCAUGCUGGCAAAGGGAGUUAAAAGGGAAGAAGGAGAGACUCCCCUAAGCAGUGACCCUGCCACAGUUGGCCAACCACUGCCUGGGGAGAACCUGGGAAUCAAUGUCUGCUCCAAAAUAGAUGAAAGAGAUGUAUAUGUACCCUCAGAAAGCAUCCCUUGUAAAAGGGACCCGGAGCAGGUAAAAGAGAAGCCAGGAUACGUUGCCACACAGGAUGUGGAGGCCGCUGUGAGUGAGGUAGACGCUGAGGAUAACCACUCUAAAGAUGGUGCUGCCCUUGCUCCAUUUAGCUUAGCUCCAGCGUCAGCCGGUCAGAAUGGUGAUGCUGCUGGGCCACCAAAACUGGUUACAAGGCCAAAGAGAUUGCCUUCUUCAACCUACAACCUGAGACACGCUCAUUGUGUGGAUGCCUUGAACACUGCAAAAGGAACUUCUGAGAAGCAAGUCACACAAGUCAACCCAGCGCCAAAGGAAGACGAAGCUCCCGAGAGUGGGGAGCCCUCAGAUGAGGACGAUGCAGACACAGUGGUGGAGGAACAGCCCAAGUUCAUGGGGUGGUGUGCAGAGGAGGAGAGCCAGGAGCUGAUCGCCAGCUUCAACGCCCAAUACUUGAAAGUUCAGAAGGGCUGGGUCCAGUUGGAGAAAGAAGCACAGCCCACAGCAAGAGCAAGGAGCAAGUCCGACAAGCUGAAGGAGAUCUGGAAGAGCAAGAAGAGGUCACGGAAGUGUAGGGGUUCGUUGGAGGUGCAGAAGUUUUCUCCAGUCCAGAUGCUGUUUAUGACAAACUUUAAACUAUCUAAUAUCUGCAAGUGGUUCCUAGAGACAACAGAAACUCGGUCUCUGGUCAUUGUGAAGAAACUAAAUACUCGUCUUCCAGGAGACAUCCCCCUUGUUAAACACCCUCUUCAGAAGUACCCACCUUCCACCCUGUACCCCAGUUCACUACAGGCAGAACGCUUGAAAAAACACUUAAAGAAAUUCCCUGGAGCCAUUCCUGCUAGGAAUAAUUGGAAAACACAGAAGCUGUGGGCUAAACUCAGAGAGAAUCAUGGCCAGGUAGAGCCAGAGGCCGGCAGUGACAUCAGCCUCAGCCCUAACAGUGAAGACAGUGUGGAGGGAGUCAGGGAGAGUAGAAAUAGCCAUCCUCCCGUCAGCUUGCCUACUCCAGCUAGCACCCGGAUCCUUAGAAAGUAUUCCAACAUUCGAGGAAAGCUCAGAGCUCAGCGCCUGGACAGCUCCCUGGGUGGGACUCCCGAAAUUAAGCAGGGCCGAAAGAGUGUGUGCAUCAAUCCGCUGAUGUCCCCCAAGCUGGCCCUCCAGGUGGGUGCAGAUGGCUUCCCUGUCAACCCCAAGAGGGCUGAAGGAAGCAAGGGGAGAAAAGGGAAGCAGAUGCCUGAAACCUUGCUUAGAGGGGAAGGUCAGAACAAACGCAAAAGAGCAGAAGGCAUUGGCACUCAGGAUGAUAAGGACAAGGGGCCAGCAGCAAAGGCCAGCAGAGCCUUUUCUGCCAAGAAGCUAGCUGCAAAGGACAGAGUCAGCCAACUAUCCAAGAAGAUGACCUUGAAAGAGAAUAAAGUGAGGGUGUGUAAAAAUGCUCCUGGGAAGAGCUGCCCACCGUCCAGGAGAGAAAAAGAAAAUGCAAACAAAAGACCUAGCCAUCCUGCUGCAGCCUCGGAAGCAAAACCUGCAAAACAAAGGGGGGCAGGAGAAGCCUCAUCAAAGCCCCCAAAAGCCAGAAGGAAGAGCAGGAAGCUGAGCAGUGGCAGGGGCCGAGCUAGAUCCUUGACAAAAAGCCCAGAGAACCGGGCUGCCCAGAGAAAGAGAAAGCUCAAGGCCAAACUGGGCUCUUCCCAGGGCAAACGGAGGCGGUUAGAUGCCAAGUGAUGGCUGGAUGGCCCCUGAAAGGUGAACUGGCCUGGAGAAGUAACCUUUUAUUUUGCAUUAACAGAGUCUGCUUUUAUAAGCGUAUCGAGCCUUUCAUGUUACAGAGAACACCAGUU